ACAACAGAAACAACCUCAUCAUCAUCAACAACAACAACAGAAACAACAACAUCGUCAACAACCACAACAACAACAUCAUCAACAUCAACGACGACAACAACAAUAAACCCAUGUACAAUAAAUAGCUAUCGAUGGAAUACAACUGGUAUUACUGUACUGGAUAUAUCCUCUUUAUACAUUCCUAGUGAUAUAUAUUUUGAUUCGAAUGACACAUUGUAUAUAGUCGAUGAAUCAAAUCAAGUUAUAGUCAAAUUAUUGAAAAACGCUUCAACUGCAACCCGUAUAGCUGGACUUAUGUUGUCAGGUGGUUCGAAUGCUAGUCAAUUUUCAACUCCUCAAGGUGUUUAUGUUGAUUCGAAAGGAAGUUUGUACGUAAGCGAUUAUUAUAAUAGUAGAGUACAAAAAUUUGUGAAUGGGUCAACACUUGGAAUAACUAUGUCAGGAAUAAAUAGCUCAGCUGGCGCGGCACUAAAUCAAUUUAAUGGUCUUCGAUAUUUUGCAGUGGAUGCAACAGAAACAUAUAUGUAUUUUACAGAUUAUAAUAACCAUCGCAUUAUGUCAUAUCAAAUGAAUUCAACAACAGGUACUAACGGACAACUUGUUGCUGGAGGUGCCGGAGCUGGAAAUACGAAUACACAAUUGAAUCUACCUUGGGGAAUUUCCUAUCUACCAACAAUAAGUAAUUAUUUAUAUAUAACCAACAAUAAUGGUCAUUCAGUGAUGCGAUGGAUACCAGGAGCAUCGUCAGGUCAAUUUAUUGCCGGUACACCAGGUACAUCAGGAUCAAAUGCUACAAGUUUGAAUACUCCCAUGGGUAUUAGAGUUGAUAGUUUUCUAAAUAUGUUCAUUGUUGACUAUGGAAAUCAUCGAGUACAAAUGUUUUGUUAUAAUAGUACGAUUGCCACAACAAUAGCCGGCACUGGCACAUCCGGUAAUAGCGCAAUACAAUUAAAUUAUCCAAGAGGUAUUGCAUUCGAUUCAUCAAUGAACUUGUACAUUAGUGAUGCAACAAAUCGUCGUAUUCAGAAAUUUGUGAAACUCUAA